UUUGACAAGGCUGAACAUGAUGAAGACAUCUGCUGUGCUGCUACUGCUGCUGGUGGUGGCUGCCUCACACUCUGUGGCCAAGCCCAAAAAUGGCUUCACUCGCUAUCCAUCCUGGAACACCAAGCUUUACCCAAUCUGGAAAGAUGGAGACCUCCGUUACACAGCCUCCUGGAAAGGGGGGAAAGUAACAUUCAAUGUCGCCAACGACUCGCCAACUCUCACUGGAGCCAAAGUGACCUUCACCAUCGACUUGGAAUUCCCCCAUAACCAAAAAGUACAGGCUGAUGGAGAUGUGGUCUGGGCGCAAGACUGUGUUGUUAAUGGAACCAAAUACCUGGAAUCACAGACAGUUUUCCCAACUCAGAACACAGACUGGGAAGCUGUUUUUCCUGAUGGGACACCAAUCAAAAAAGACAAAAAGCCCAACUAUGUGUUUGUCUGGAAGACCUGGGGUCAGUACUGGCAGGUGGCAGACGGUCCCUCGUCCACUCUGACCAUCGACACAGCUGACAUUCCACUGGGCUCCUACACCAUGGACAUUGUCAUCUACCACUACCGGAGCAAGGAGAAGUUCAUUCCUAUGGGUUACGCCUCAACUCAGUUCUCCAUCACCGACCAAAUCCCAUUUGCUGUCUCCCUGGACCAAGUGGAUGACAUUCUGGCUGGAGACAUGAGCUUCGUCCUGAACAGGGCCAUCGCCUUCAGCGUCAGCCUGCACGACCCUAGCCAGUUUCUGAGCGACGCCGACAUCACCUUUAACUGGAAUUUUGGGGACGACAGUGGGGCCCUCAUAUCCAGAGAGCUGACUGUCACUCACACCUAUGUUAGCUCCGGCUCAUAUAAGCCUCAUGUGGUGGUCCAGGCGAUGAUCCCAGACAAGUCUUGCAACCCUCCAGUGGAGACCACAACCAAGGCCCCCGCGCCGCCCAGUGAUCAGGGAACCUUGGCUCCUGUGGUCCCCCCUCUGACUUCCAGAAAAGCAACUAGUUUGAGGACCAAUGCACUUUCUCCGGACACAGAGGAGGACAAGGGUGAGGACGAGACCUCCACCACUCAGACCGCCCAGGAAGGAGCUCCGGCGGUGAAGACUUCCUUCCCCACCAGUAGCUAUACAGCAAUGGAAGCAGGUUUAAAGCGACCAAUGUUACUCACAGGCCAUGCCGCUGUGGUCCUCGUCGCCAAAAGGGAAACAAAGGGCAAACCCACCGAGGAUGACUGCGUGAUAUAUCGAUAUGGCUCCUUUUGCGCUGACAUUCAAGUGGUUGAGACUAUCAAGAAAGUUGAAAUAAUACAAAUGGACAACAACGUCAUGACAAAACCAGGAAUGAACAACAAUGCUAUUGAUCUUACUGUAACCUGCCAGGGAAGCUUCCCCAAACAGGUGUGUAGCAUGAUUCUGGAUGCUGAGUGCUUAAAGCCAAUUCACACAACAUGCAACAUGGUGGAGCCCUCCAAUGAAUGCCAGAUGGUGUUGCACCACUUCUUCAACAACUCCGGUGUCUACUGCAUCAAUGUGUCCAUGGCCAAUGACGUCAGCUUGGCCGCCACUAGCGCCAAAGUCAACGUUAAUAUGGGCUUGGGGCUGUCCUCCUCCAGCAUCAUCGCUACCGUGCUGGGUGUCAUGCUCCUCAUUUUGUCUCUAGCAAUAGUGGCCUUUUCUUACAAGCGCCUGAAGUCCUACCACCAGCUGAAGGAGGACAUCAGAGGGGGCGUGGACCCUCAGGCAGGCUUGUGUCACAGAGGCUCCACAACAUCAAUGCUGUGGAAGUUGCUCAACAGACGAGGGGUGGUCGACCAACGCCCCCUGCUGCAACACAGACUCGUGUGAACAAGGCCCGAUCUACAUCUCAGCUUCUUCUCACUGCUCCCUUUUUAUACUUCUUUUUUUUUUUAAAACAUGUGUAUCAGUUUCAUAUAAAUCAAAAUAUGUGGUGGAAUUACACCUGAUUUUUGUACUUGAUAACAGAAAUAUUGGUAAUCAAAUCAAAGCAUUAAAUCACCACUAGGUUUGCGCUUUUCCAUGAAAGUUUGCUUGGAGCCUUUACGUCAUCCUUCAUUUUAACAACUUGAACAAUUAGCUACAAUAAUGGUGUAGCCCGACCCCAUUAUUGUUCAAAGUGAACAAUAAUCAAUUCAUUCUAAAUUCCAACAUUUGAUCAUGAUAUGAUUAUAAAAAGAUACAUAACACAGCGUCACUUGUCACAGGAUUUUAUUUAGAGCCAAGAUGAACAUUUGUAAGAAUCUUAAACAGCCAAUCUGGCAACUGACCAACAGACAUUUGUCUGGAAUUCCUUCAAGUACACAGCAAUUCAAUUUCCUGUUUUCUUGUGCCUUUUAAUAUUCUUCUCCUUCCUCCUCUCCUUCACCCUCAACGGAGUCAACGCCAACCUCCUCGUAAUCCUUCUCCAGAGCCGCCAUGUCUUCUCUGGCCUCUGAGAACUCUCCCUCCUCCAUGCCCUCGCCCACGUACCAGUGCACGAAGGCGCGCUUGGCGUACAUCAGGUCAAACUUGUGGUCGAGGCGGGCCCAGGCUUCUGCGAUGGCAGUGGUGUUGCUCAGCAUGCACACGGCCCUCUGGACCUUGGCCAGGUCUCCGCCUGGAACCACGGUGGGAGGCUGGUAGUUGAUGCCCACCUUGAAACCAGUGGGGCACCAGUCCACAAACUGGAUGGUGCGCUUGGUUUUGAUGGUGGCGAUGGCGGCGUUCACAUCUUUGGGCACCACGUCGCCACGGAAGAGCAAGCAGCAGGCCAUGUACUUGCCGUGGCGAGGGUCACAUUUGACCAUCUGGUUGGCAGGCUCAAAGCAGGCGUUGGUGAUUUCUGACACAGAGAGCUGCUCAUGGUACGCCUUCUCAGCGGAGAUGACGGGGGCGUAGGUGGCCAGGGGGAAGUGGAUACGGGGGUAGGGCACCAAGUUGGUCUGGAACUCUGUCAGAUCAACAUUGAGGGCACCAUCGAACCGAAGGGAGGCAGUGAUGGAGGAUACGAUCUGACUGAUCAAUCUGUUCAGGUUGGUGUAAGUAGGACGCUCGAUGUCGAGGUUUCUGCGGCAGAUGUCGUAGAUGGCCUCGUUGUCCACCAUGAAGGCGCAGUCUGAGUGCUCGAGGGUGGUGUGAGUGGUCAGGAUGGAGUUGUAGGGCUCCACCACAGCGGUGGACACCUGGGGAGCCGGGUAGAUGGAGAACUCCAGCUUGGACUUCUUGCCGUAGUCGACAGACAGGCGCUCCAUCAGCAGGGAGGUGAAACCGGAGCCGGUACCACCUCCGAAGCUGUGGAACACCAAGAAGCCCUGGAGGCCAGUGCACUGGUCGGCCUAAGGACACAAAGACGAGGGACGCGUUAUAGUAGCACAAAGGCGAGUGUGGUACUCUGGAUUCCUCCCUCCAUCCAAAACCAUGUAUGCUAGCUUCAUAGAAUUGGUCAAUCAUGUGAGUGUUCAGUCUGUGAUUGACAGGUGAUGGGUGUACCACCAAGUCAGCUGGGAAGGUGUUGAGGAUAAUUGGUACACGAAAGGAAGGAAACGUGUUAACCCUUUGUGACGUUACACACCAGUUUGCGGAUCCUGUCCAGCACCAGGUCAAUGAUCUCCUUGCCGAUGGUGUAGUGUCCGCGGGCGUAGUUGUUGGCGGCGUCCUCCUUGCCGGUGAUCAGCUGCUCGGGGUGGAAGAGCUGGCGGUAGGUUCCAGAGCGCACCUCAUCUGAGGAGAUUCAGUAGAAAUAAGUUUCACAUCAUAUCACGGAUAGAAGAAACUGAUUUGUACAUGAGAGACAGUUUUACCGAUGACGGUGGGCUCUAGAUCCACAAAGACAGCUCUGGGGACGUGUUUGCCAGCUCCAGUCUCGCUGAAGAAGGUGUUGAAGGAAUCAUCGCCGCCUCCGAGAGUCUUGUCGCUGGGCAUCUGUCCGUCCGGCUGGAUGCCGUGCUCCAGGCAGUACAGCUCCCAGCAUGCAUUGCCGAUCUGGACGCCAGCCUGACCAACGUGGAUGGAGAUACACUCGCGCUGUGCGGGGUGAAAAUAUUUAAGUUAAUUGAGAUGUCAUUUUACUUACAGUGUCACUGCUCUACCUAUUAAAAAAAACGAAAAAACAAACAGCAUUAAUGUUGAAUUAUGCCACUGCGCCCCUAUCGUUUGCUGCACACAUUGCAGCGAGAGACACCACCCUGCUGCAUGACAACCCGCAGGGGACACAAACGCUGAAGAACCCCAUCCACACCCCCACCCCACCCACGCAGAAAUAAAAGGCUCUUUUGUUACGUGCU